UUUCUAUAAAACUCUUCCUUCCAUGGAUGUGAUUCUAGACAUGGACGAGCUGCUAUAAUAUGGACUAAAAAGGAGUUGAAAAGCAACUUUACACCAAAGUGACACAACCGGGGCAUGCCCCGGGUGAUAGACUAGUCGCAUAUUAUAUCCGGGUAACCGACGGGUGUGAUGGGCUGAGAAUCCGGCAAGAGAUCACGACUGACCCCCCGGAAAAUUUCUUCGACUCCGUUCAGUUGCGAGUAGCAGCUCUUGUUUAGGACAGUUGUUUCAGAAAGACUCACCACCGCAACUCCGCAAGUAAAGGAGGAGAUUCAGCAAUGCUCGCUCAGUCCCUUCAAUUCCUCCCUUGCUGGAAUGCGGCAACCUCGUGUCACCGUCGGGCAACUUCUUUUCCCACCCUGAGGUGCCGAGAGAGACGCCGCAGAAACAAAUUUCUGGAUAUCGCUGCCACCGCUACCAUGGCGACUCAGAGCGGCAGCGUUCAAGUGCAGCCAGGCUCGCCGGAAAUGGUUGCUCCGUAUUCGGAUUCCGAGCCGCGCCGCCUCAUUUUGCUUCGCCACGCGCAGAGUUCAUGGGAUAACCGCUCCCUCAAAGAUUAUGAUCGGCCUUUGAGCCAAUCCGGAAAACUUGAUGCUGCUAAAGUUUCUCAUGAGCUAAGGAAAUUGGGAUGGAUUCCAGGGCUCAUUUUAUGUAGUGAUGCAGCUAGAACUAGAGAAACUCUGAAAAUUAUGCAGGAGCAGGUGCGGGAAUUUCUUGAAGCAGAGGUGCAUUUCCUUUCAAGUUUUUAUUUUGUUGCAGCCAUGGAUGGGCAGACGAGUGAACAUCUUCGACAGGCAAUCUGUAAAUACUCUGCUGACAAUGUACUUACAGUAAUGUGUAUGGGGCACAAUAAGGGGUGGGAGGAGGCUGCUUCCAUGUUUUCAGGGGCUCUUAUAGAGCUGAAGACUUGUAAUGCUGCUUUACUUGAAGCUACCGGGAAGUCAUGGAAGGAGGUAUGUUUAGCAUUAAGCCAUUAAAGGCAUUUUCCUUGGCUGGAUUUGGUGGGUGGAAACUCCAUGGCAUAGUGAAGCCAGGUACUGCUAUAUAGUUCUAUAAUGCACAACAAGAUCUCAAGGGAAUCAGAGCAUAAAGAAUUGUUACGUGUUUGUGUGUGCGCGUGAUCUGAUACAAGAAGUCAAGCUGAGAAGAAAAUUUUAUAAUGAGUUGAGCUUUUGCUUUGUAGAUAACAUCUAGAGUGCUGUGUUUUUUAUUUGUUUAUAGAAUAUCGGUCGAGUACUGUUUUUUUACUCCGGGGGGUCUGGGGGGAGGAGGCCUGGGGUCGAGUACUAUGCUACUAUAGUACUAUCAAUUUAUCAAACAAUGUCAUCAAGAGUGUCUUCAGAUACGAUGGGUCCUUUUGUAGCUUUGUUUUCUGACUCUAUUAUAAAUAUAUCUGUAGAAGCUUCUAUCAGAGUAACAUGUUCCAUUAUCUUAUCAGAGUUCAGGGGGAAUCUAAUUUUCGCC